AAUGCCAAACAAACACAUACCAAUCGUUGGUUAGAAGGCAAUCGCCAAAUUCGUCCUCGCUUUCUCCCGUGUCGCUGGCCGUCGUGUCGUUUUCGUCGGUUUCGCUUGCAUACGCUUCAAACCGAUAUGGCUCAAUAGGUUCAGUUUCUUCUUCAAUUUCAUUUUCGCUACCUGCCUCCACACUACAACCAUCCGUUUCAAUACACGCGUAAUCUGUUGAAUCGCUUAAGCCGCUGAAAUCCGAGCUAUUGUCGCUAUAGCUUGCUGUUCUUUCCGCCAUGUUUGUUUGUGUUGGCUUCACUAUGUGACGUCACAGGAAAAUGGACGGGUGUUUAUAACGAUGGUUAAAAUCAGGCACUUUGAAGCUUUUUUUUUUAGGGAUAUUGCGUGAUGGGUAAAAUUUUGAAAAAAACUUCGAAAAAUAUUAUAAGCCACUGGGAACUGAUUUUUAAUGGUUUUAACAAUUCUGAAAUUGUGAUAAUGUUCCCCUUUAAUAUAAACAGUGUGCUUUAUAACAAUUAGGGAGGUUUGUGUCAUGUUUGUCCUCCUACAGAAACCAUAUUAACACAAAAAAUAUAUUUUUUCCCCUCAUCUUUUUCUAUUUUCAUACAUUUUUGAAAAAGCUCCAGAGAGCCACUAUAGGGCGGCGCUCUAGAGCCGCUUGUUGCCAACCCCUGCCCUAAGUUAUGUUUUUUCUGCUUUGUGGCCUCUGCUGAGAGCAGCAGCUUUUGAGGCUCUCUUGCCUCAUUUUAAGGAUCUUUUAAGGGACCAGCUUGAGUAUAGAAGACACUUCAGGGAUGAAGAGCACUCAUCAGCUCCUCUAUAACGACUUAGUUAUUCUUCAGUCAGGCUCAAAUGAUAUCAGCUUUCCCCAGUUUGCACAGUCAUGAUCCCUUCUACCCUAGAAAAGCUCUCACCCUAAAUGUUUGCUUAUGUUUCCUAUUUGGCAGAGGCGCCUAAGGAAAAAAAAAAAAGGAAAAAAAAGGCAAAUAAAUCACAUGCUGUGAAGCUGGCCAGGCCUUCCACUGUGAGAAACUGAGACUAAAAAGCAGAACAAGAGUGGAGGACUAAAGGGUUUUCAGAUGUGAGUCCAGCCCAGCUCGCUUGGGUGUGCGCCCUCCUUUUAUUCGGGGGAGAAUGGCUGUUGCCUCCACCCCCUCCAGAAGGGAAGACAGUCCCAAGGAAGCGUGCGUCGGAGAGGGGAAGAGCUGCCGCCGAGGCGCGGGGGCCGUCGGGCUGAUCUGAGAACAUCUGGCGAGGCAUCUGCUCGCCGAGGUUACGCCGCCUCGCUCUCAUCCUGCCGGGCCGGAGCUUUCUGUUAUGCCUCGCCGUGAUUUAAGCUUCUUCACGCGGGGUCCUCCGUCCUAGAGGAGACACCUUGACUCCAUUUAUUCUGACAUGAAGGGAGCGCUCAGUUUGAUUGGGGUGUUCCUCUCGUUUCUCUACGACGCCACCUUUGGAGAACAUUGGUCAAUCGCUUGUGGGAACAAGUCUCGCAGGUGUGUGGACUUCUGCUCCAUCUGCAAUGACUUUUAUGACAGAGCUACCAUGGACUGCAUGUACGGCCUCUUGCACAGCCUGUGCCUCGCCAACUUCCACAAGGCCAUGGCAGCGCUGAACACCACAGAUUGGUGCAUUUGGCAUAACGUCAGUGGGUUGUAUAGCAACUUGAGCCUUUGCACGGAGGAGAUAUCCGACUGCCUCCUCAUCCCAUGGCCCAACCCUCUGGUGGAGCAGACCUUUGUCGACAUACACUCCAGCUUCUUCAAGAACUGUCCUAUGGAGGAGCUCAGCGACCCGCCGCCGGCCAUUGUAUUCGCCCUGGUUAUAACACCCAUCCUCCUUAUCCCUGUCAUGGUCAGUCUUGUGGUCCUUAAGACCAAAAAUGGUGAUGGCAGCUCCUGAUGUUUCUGCUAUGGCCUCAACAAGGAUGGAACAUUGAGAAUCAGACAAAACCUACUAGAGGUGCAUUGCUUGUGGUUCCUGGUCGGCUUGUCUUCAAUGAACAAGAAGGUUCCUGUCAUCCAUUUUUAACUACAUCCAGAGAACAUUUGCUGGUACCAUUUUGAGUUAAUCCCAACGUUUUCCGCUCUACUUUCUUCAUUUCGGAUUCCAGUUCCUUUUGGCACAAAUGGUCAUUAGUACCUUCACAUUAUUGUCCGUCUACCUGACAGUUGGAGGAUUUCUUCAAGGAGUCGUCCGUCUUGUUGAAUAACGCAACGAUCCCAAAACAAAGUUUAUUAAUCUUUCAAAAGCUCUUCCUUGCGAUCAGGUGCGUUCGAUAGUCUUCAACCAAACAAGACACCCUUUUUCCUGCCAUUUAAACUUCUCAAAUUUGCUAGGAAAGUUCCUGCAAUCCUUCACCAUGUUGUCCGCCUGCCAGAAAGUCAGAUGCUUUCUCCGUCUCGUGGAAUGACAAUGACAGCGAAUUAAAACAGAUCUGCAAACUUUUUCCUUAACCUUUUACAAGCACUAUACUUCGUAAUUUAGAGGGUUUAAUAACUUGGAACUAAACAGGCUUUGGUUCCAACAAUCAAAGCUUAAAAAGUUCCUAAUUUUUAGCUCCAACAUCUAAAACUGCUAAGUUUCUACAAAGCACUGCAAGGCCUGUGUGGUAAGGGACUGUGAGUCCUGAUCUGGCUUCUGUUAUGUUCAAGUUCUGGGUGUGGUAGCAGUUAGCUAACAAGCCUUCACCUUGUCUGACAGUCUGUGGUUUUCUUCUAGAGGUCUUCCAUCUCAUGGAAUGACAAAAAAACAGUGAAUCACAACCCCUCCGCACAUCAGAUCCCACCUCCAAGUUCCUUAAAGGGGAACAUUAUCACCAGACCUAUGUAAGCGUCAAUAUAUACCUUGAUGUUGCAGAAAAAAGAUCAUAUAUUUUUUUAACUGAUUUCCAAACUCUAAAUGGGUGAAUUUUGGCGAAUUAAACGCCUUUCUAUUAUUCGCUCUCGGAGCGAUGAUCACAUCGGGAAGCAAUCCGCCAUUUUCUCAAACACCAAGUCAAAUCAGCUCUGUUAUUUUCCAUUUUUUCGACUGUUAUCCGUACCUUGGAGACAUCAUGCCUCGUCAGUGUGUUGUCGGAGGGUGUAACAACACGAACAGGGACGGAUUCAAGUUGCACCAGUGGCCCGAAGAUGCGAAAGUGGCAAGAAAUUGGACGUUUGUUCCGCACACUUUACCGACGAAAGCUAUGCUACGACAGAGAUGGCAAGAAUGUGUGGAUAUCCUGCGACACUCAAAGCAGAUGCAUUUCCAACGAUGAAGUCAAAGAAAUCUGCCGCCAGACUCCCAUUGAAUCUGCCGGAGUGUGUGAGCAAUUCAGGGACAAAGGACCUCGGUAGCACGGCAAGCAAUGGCGGCAGUUUGUUCCCGCAGACGAGCGAGCUAAACCCCCUGGAUGUCUUGGCUCACACCGUCCCUUAUGCCACCGAAGAUGAUCAAGAGAAGAAUAUCGACCCUAGCUUCCCUGGCCUGUUGACAUCAACUCCAAAACUGGACAGAUCAGCUUUCAGGAAAAGAGCGCGGAUGAGGGUAUAUCUACAGAAUAUAUUAAUUGAUGAAAAUUGGGCUGUCUGCACUCUCAAAGUGCAUGUUGUUGCCAAAUGUAUUUCAUAUGCUGUAAACCUAGUUCAUAGUUGUUAGUUUCCUUUAAUGCCAAACAAACACAUACCAAUCGUUGGUUAGAAGGCCAUCGCCGAAUUCGUCCUUGCUUUCUCCCGUAUCGCUGGCUGUCGUGUCGUUUUCGUCGGUUUCGCUUGCAUACGGUUCAAACCGAUAUGGCUCAAUAGCUUCAGUUUCUUCUUCAAUUUCGUUUUCGCUACCUGCCUCCACACUACAACCAUCCGUUUCAAUACAUGCGCAAUCUGUUGAAUCGCUUAAGCCGCUGAAAUCCGAGUCUGAAUCCGAGCUAAUGUCGCUAUAGCUUGCUGUUCUUUCCGCCAUGUUUGUUUGUGUUGGCUUCACUAUGUGACGUCACAGGAAAAUGGACGGGUGUGUAUAACGAUGGUUAAAAUCAGGCACUUUGAAGCUUUUUUUUAGGGAUAUUGCGCGAUGGGUAAAAUUUUGAAAUAAACUUCGAAAAAUAAAAUAAGCCACUGGGAACUGAUUUUUAAUGGUUUUAACCCUUCUGAAAUUGUGAUAAUGUUCCCCUUUAACCUUUCGAAUGCACUACCUUGCAAUCAUGAGGGUGGAGAUACUGUAGACUGGGACUAAAUUCAAGGCCUGGUCCCUGUGACGGAAACACUCCUAGUUCCUAAAGAAGCUCCUGCAGUUGAAAUGCUUCUAAAGCUAUACUUGUUCAACCUUUCAAAGCAAUUAUACCUUGCAAUAAGGAAUGUUAUUUAUCCUGGAACUAGAUUGAGAUUUUGGUUCUCGCAAUCAAAACAGGCGAUGAUAAUUUCAAAAUUCCUGAAGAGCGUUCCUGCAAUUAAAAUGUUCCAUCAAGUUCUCAACCUUCUGCCUCAGUUUAGAAAGGUAAAUCCUGACCUGGCUUGUGCAGACAGUGUCAUGCUGUCAAUAGUGGACAUCUUUGUUCUUAACCAGGCAAACUUGGUUUUUACGUCUCCUGUAAGUGACCCAAUCAGCACACUAGCUGCGCCCUACAAAUGUGGUUAGUACCCUAAAAGAAGGGUGCCACAAAGCAAUACAGAAUGGCGGGUUUCACUAUUUUUUUUACAAAACCCCCCCCCAAAAAACGAUACCGCUUAAUUUAUGUUUUAUAAGCAUUUGUCAUACUUAAUAAGAAAAAGCUAUGUAGAAUUCUGACAAAAGCUCAGGAGCUUGCUAAGUUAGAUCUUCAGCAGUAUGUUUUAGGUGGCGACAGGAAAACACGCGUGGAAAAGAAAAGAUGGGAAGCCAAAAGGUGAGCAUCCUUCUUUCCUGCGAUUGUCCCUUUUUUUAAACACAAUCCUCCCAAAGCUGGAACCCUGACGACGGCCAUCAUCGUCACCUCAUCGUGACCUGUGUUUAGAUAUCCGCUUAAGAUACUAAAGACGAUUUUGCUUUUUAGCAAAACAAUGUUUAAAUGACGCAAAAGCUCUUGUUUGUGGUUUUAAGAUUUUGUUUUUAAUUACAGUACAAAAGUGUCUAUUUAUGUCUUAUUUCUGGACGAGAGCAAACAAUGGCAAUGAUCCAUCCUGCUCAAUAUCAAUGUAUUGUAUUAUCAUUAAUAGGAUUAAAAACACAUUUUAAAUCA